AUGCCUCUGCUGGGUUUGCUCCCGCAGGGCAGGAGGUGGAAGACUGAUGCCUUCUCGAGCCAGAGACACGACUGUAGCCUUAGAGAUGCCUCAGCAACUGCCGCGGCCAAGGUGUUGGGCCAGGGGCUGGUGGCCAGGGAUGUGGUGGUGGAUGUGCUGCUGCUCAACCAGGGCUGUGAGGCACGGGGUGUGCAGGAGGCGGCUGUGGGGCUGGUGGAGGGGGAGACACAGCAGUACCAACCAACCAAGAACUACCUCAGUGGCCUGCCCGUGCAUGACUACAGCGACUUUGAGACCGAGCUCAUGCAGAACAAGUUUGAGCACCUGCAGCCCCUGGAACUACUCGGUAUGAAGAGGUACGAGCUGCCUACCCCAUCCUCCAGGCAGAUGAACGACAUCAUGGCGUAUCAGGAGCAUGUGAACAAUUCCAUGGCACAGCUGGAGCACGUGUGCAUCGAGAACCUGAAGCUCAUGUCCCAGCAUGGCUGCAACGCCUGGACGUUGUACGAGGAACGCCUAGUUCAUAUGAUAGAACAUGCCCAGGAAGAGCUUCAGAAAUUGAGGAAAAACAUUCAAGACCUGAACUGGCAGAGGAAGAACCUGCAGCUCACAGCUGGGGCUAAGCUGCGAGAAAUGGAAUCCACAUGGGUCUCUCUUGUCAGUAAAAAUCAUGAGAUUGAACGAACUAUUGUCCCUGUAACAAUUGUGCAGCUGGAAAAUGAAAUUUCACAAACCAAGCAGCAGCAUGAGGAAGCAAACAAGGAGAAUUUCCAGCAAGACUUUCAGUGA